AUGUCACCUCGCUCGAACAAGUCACCCAGCCCAGAGGCCAAGGAACGUCGCGCUCGUAAUAGGGCAGCGCAGCUAAAAUUCCGGAGGAAGAAACAAGAAGUCGAUGAGAUACGAUGCAACCGGAUAAAGCAUCUCGAAGGCGUGGUUGAGAGAAUGAGCACAGUAUUAGUGGACUUUACAGACGGCCUCUUGCAGCAAGAUGUCGUCCAGCAGAGCCCUGGCAUGAUAGCCAGCAUUCAAGGCGUUAUCGCCGACAUUCUUACACUGGCCAAUGAAGCCGGAGACCCCGACCAGGGUCCCAAGACUCGUAAGGCUCGAGUAAAAGCCACUGAAGCUCAAUAUAAUUCUCCCAAAGACUCUGAACAUGAGCUCCCUACUUCAAACUUCAGUAUUACAAGUACCGCUACUCCCAACGACCCGAUGACUGCCAUUUCCCCGAUACCCCUUACAGACGACUCCCCCAUAAAGAUGCCGUUGUUUGAAGACACAACCGUGCCGUUGCCGGUACCAACAAUCUACUCCCAAGCAAGCUACCCACGAUCCACGAUCCCAGCACCUCUCAGCCCCCUUUUGUGGACAUCCUCAUUGCCACCUCUGUCCCUCGAUUCCUUCAUCUGUCGUCUCACAUAUUCAUGCUUCAAGGUUGGCUGCCUUGUUCUCAGUCGAUCGAUCGAUGCUCCGCUACCCCUAUCAGAAGAGAGUCGUAUGUUUGGCUCGACGCUUCGCUACCGCGAAAGGGAUGAGAUGAUCUUGAGAAUGCGAUGGCUCCUUGGCCCUGGCAAGCAUGAACUUCAGACCUUGGCAGAGUUACCGUGGGGAGGGCGGUGGUGGGAUCAAGAGUUUUCCGGUAGCGACCUUGCGAAUUGUGCCACGAAUGCUGCGAUGGUAGAUUCAUCAGCCCCCCAGUUCCUCAGUGUCCUUGGUGUCGAGAAACAGCUCGUGGCACUUGGCGCUCGCUUUGUGGAUAAAGAGACCAUCGAGCUGGACUCGAGUGCUUUGGCGAUCCUGUCAGGGAAUCGCCUAGAACCUAGCUGCGCGCAGCCAGAUAGCUGGAGUUUUGUCAACCUUUUCCCGUCAAAAGAUUCGCGACCGCAGAUAGAAGCGCCGAAAGUACGACUUAGCAUCAACAGGGCCUCCGUCGAGCUCGUUACAUUUUGGAACCCUCCCCACGUCCUCGGGACUGAAACGCUGGUGCGGUGGAACCAUGAAGCUGCCCUCACCUCGGUCUUUGUCGCUUUCCGUCGUAUUCCCUUGGGACACCAGUUAUCUUCUCUGAUGAAAAGUAGUUCCCGCCUGAGGAUGAUGAUUCUGAACCGGCGGUCGAAGUUGGGUCGUCUUCAGAUGAAGUCGAAGAAGAUACCUACGCUUCCUGUCAGCAAGGGUACAGGCGUCGUUGCUCGAGGGUAUAUUCCUGCUGAGACUCGAGUCAACUGGUUGCUAGGACCACACUUUUGGGUCGAGGUUGGUGCAGGUAUGGGAUCGGACAUCAUCAAGGCCUUCCUCUCACAGGACUCUGAAGACCAACAGCUUUAG